AGCUCGCAGGGACGCUCAGAUCGCCCUAACCGGUAUUGCUGCAGCCGACCUCUCCAUCCCCGCUCAGCGACGGGCAUGCAAGUGGGCGUGGGGCGGCAUUCAAUAAUCCUGAUGGGGAACAUUCAUGGCCGUCACUCCCACCGAAGCCCCGAUGACCAUGGCGUCCCCGCGCACUUCUGCCCCCUCCAUAUCGGUCUCACUGCAUUCAAUGCAGAAGGCGAGAUCCUGCGUGCUUUCGCUGGCGACCAGGGUUGCACAUCGGCACAGCGUCCCAAUCGCUCGACCGCAUCCGCAUCCACACCAACUUCGUCGCAGGCACCAUACACGCACCCUCGUUCGUAGACGGCCGAUCUCGUGGCAGCUGCUGAUAGGAGCGCGUGGGCGAGCCCCGGACCCAAAUCACGCCAAGAAUAGAUACGCGUGCUGUUUACCGCACCAGGAAACGACGCGGGAGCCCCUCAGGCCUCAGGGUGCCUGCUCGUCUAUUCUUCCGACAGCCUUCUGCCAUCGAUCCCAACAAGAACUCGGCUCGGCCAUCCGCGAAAGCCCUCUCCCUGAAGACUCGGCCUUUUAGCUGAUGGCAUCGAACCUACCCACGUCCCACAGAGACCCGCGCACACGCUGCGUGCGCAUGCGCCCAUUUGCACGCCUCUCAGAGACACGUAGCUUUGUGACGCAACCCGCGUAAGGAUAUGCGUGCCAGAGCAGUACUGAAGUAACACGGCGCUUCCGCACCGAACGACGUCGUCCCGGUCCCCGCUCCCGUUCCGUGCGGCCGAGCACCGACAGCUCAGGACCAUUCCAUAUAUGACCGCAUGGUAUCAACCUACGCGAAAAUUCCCAUACCAGCCUCGCAAGCGAUCGCUCGCGGUGACUCGACCUCCGUAAGGUCGCCGCCGGAAUGGAUGGAUAUCUCGUCGGGCUUCUGCCCUUCCCCGUUUCUCCACACCCAUACUAUAGUACACGCAGCGUUCAGCCGUCCCGAAUGACAGACUCGGGGGCUGCUCGCCGACUCGGACGCUCUCGGAUGUCGACAUCCCGCGUCAUGUGCCCCUCCCUAUUCCAAAGCUUCACGAACACUUCGCGUCCUUCGAAUACUCGACUUCUAUUCCAGGUCGCUGCGGCUCCACUGCUUCCGAGGGGCCCCCGAUAUACUCCUGAUAAUCGCCUCCCAUCUGCCCUUCCUCCCCUGUUACAACAGCAGAAGUCGCGGUGACUAUAGCGCUAGCAAUGCAAUCCCUUUUCUGCCUCCGACAGGACUGCGCAGCGCAGCGCCGACUGGGACGCGGGACACGGGUCAACCUCCAUCGGCAAUGCGGAGUUGACCCAUCGCGUUCUCAGCCUCUUACUCCAUACCUCGCAGGUUCAAAGCACACAAUACGCAUGCUAUGGACGAUGCAUCUAUGCGGAGAAGCGGUGGGAUGCGCUCGCCGGUCGGUGGCGUUCAACGCAACCUCAGCCGCGUCGCAUCAUGGGGCCGAUAUCAGUGCCACGUCGCAUCCUGCGUCCGCGGAGAGCAAUUUGAGCGUUGCGGGCCCCAUGGGCAUAGCAACUUCACCCGCCACUCUAGGGUGACUAUACCGCGUUUGGCAACUCCGGACCAAGAGCUGUCUUCGAGAUCCUUCCAGAGUUAUUUUUGUCAUCGGCGAGGCAUCCGGUGACGGUUGAAGCGUGUGUGCGCUGGCUGGAGUACAUAGGUGGACAUAGGAAGGCAAACUCCAACUGGGACCGGUCGACUUUUUUUUGGCGACACGUGCGAUCUCAUGACCGCUCGUAGUCGCUGCGCACCUCGUUCGCAAAAAGUACUUGUUCAAGCCAAACAUACCUCUUCUCCUGCGAAUCCUGCCAGUAGCCGGAGCCAGACAAAUUCCGGUGGAGGCGUGCCAAAGAUCUCCUUAGCUCCAAGUUAUUUGCUUCUCUUUCGGCGACACGAGAAUCGUCAUGAGAUCCUCAGGGAUCUUCGACGGCCGUCCCAGUGACCAGUGACCAGAGUUUACUACUUCCUUGGCACGGACGUUGUUUUACGUGCAGACACAUGCAAUUCCU